UAUCUCCGCCGCUGCCUGAGGAAUGUCAACUAUUCAACAUGGAGACGGCGGUUACCAGGCUUGAGACCAUGGUCUCCUCCAGCUCUAUGGAGGAAAUGGGCCUUCCUUAAACUCAAAUUACAGUUCCAGAAGGCAGAAUCUGAUCUGGAUUACAUUCAACACAAAUUGGAGUUUGAAAUAAUGAAAAACCUUCCUGAUAAUCCAUCAGCAGAGGAAAAUCCAGUGACUCUCUUAGAGAAACUCUCAGUAGUGAAGUCCCGUUAUAAAAUGUUAUGUGCACAGCUGGAAGAAAUUUCCAAAGAGCAAAGAGAAUCUAUGAGCUGUAUUCAUGCUACUCUAGAAAACACUAUGAAGAUGGUGCAGGCACUACAGCGACACGCUGAUCUUGAGCUUUCACCUCUGUCUGAAGAAGAACAGAGUGCAGAACAACAGUUAGCGUGUAAAACUGUUAAAGGAACAGAUCCACCAAUGGAAGAGCCACUGUGUUCGGUGUCUACAGUUCCUAUUCCAGAAGAGGGUAAGUGACAACCCCCUUCUACUGCUUCACAGAAAUCAGCUUCCUUUUCUGAGCAUUAACACUUUAUUUUUU